AUGGGGCCUGACCCGCGGCACGGCGGCCCCAUGGGUCGCCAAAUGGGCAUGAUGAUGGUGCCCAAUGGUCCGAUGAUGGGCGGCCCCAUGCAGGCGGGGUUCGGCGGCCCAAUGGCGAUGGGCGGCGGCCCGGCCGGCCAGGUGAUGGUGCCCGGCGGACAGCAGAUGGGGCCGCGGCCGCAGCUGAUGCGCGGCCAGAGCCCCAACAUGAACAUGGCCGUGAUGGGCGGCGACCCGAUGGCGUUUGGGCCGGGCGGACCGCAGCCCAUGAUGAACAACAACGGCGCGACGCCUGGCAUGUACGUGCACAAGGGCGGUCCGAUGGCGGCGCCGUAG